AUGGAGAACUACAUCAUCCAGAGAGCGCUAGGGGACCCUUGGCCAGUAGACUGGAGACUUGGUCAAAACCCCAUUCCCGAACAGUGCAUCACUGCAUGGACAGAUACCAGUCCUGCCACUCCUGCUGAUUCAGCUACAUUGCCUAGCAACCAUUCAGCAGCCAGAUCUGCCCGGUCCUUCUGUUCUCCAGGUGGCAGCCCACCAUAUCACACCACUUCACCUAGCAGGACACUGGAACCUGGUGUUAGUGGGCCAUGGAAUGAGAUGAGGCCUCAGAAAAUGAACACAUCUGGGGCCCUAUGCACCUUCUCCUCUGUGCAUCGGCCCCCCUCCAAACCCUCAGGGGCUGACCUGCUGGAAAAGAACCUUGUUGACAUUCAAAACCUGCGCCAGCGCCUGGGAAAGUCUGUCAGCAUCAAUGAUCGCUUGCAGGAGAGGCUGGAGCGUGUGCUUAGCAGUUCUGACCAAGGGAAAGGUAUUGCACAAUCAGCCUCAGAUUUCCUUGUAACCCCUCAUUCAUACACCCAGAGUCACUGUCCUGGCUCUGAUCAAGAAUUUCUAUGA